GGAGAUAAAUCGGGAAUCUACCCGGCCUCUGAAUCUGAAACGUAUUUCGCAUCCCUAGUAUACUGUAUGAAUUAAUCAACAUGUGGUUCAUGUACCUAUUAAGCUGGAUUGCACUAAUUAUACAGAUAUGUGUAAUAACUUUAUCCGUGGCGGCUGGGUUGUUUUACCUGGCAGAAAUUGUAGAAGAAUACACAGUACUUACAGCAAGAAUUAUAAAAUAUAUGUUGAUAGGCACCACUGUGAUAUUUAUUGGUCUUUUGUUGUUUGAGGAUUUGCCCCUGUACAUGAUCGUCGUAGGUUUGGUUGGUAACAUCGCCUACUUCUUUGUUCUACAAACUUUCCCAUACUUUGAACUCAUGUCUCCAUCAUUUCUUAUGUCCAUUGCCUUGGUGGUUGUCAAUCAUUAUUUUGCAUUUUCAUACUUCUCCACGGUGUGGCAUCCUUUCUCAGAUGUGCUAGCGUAUUUCACCAUUUGCCUAUGGCUUGUACCGUUUGCCUUCUUUAUUUCUCUCUCUGCCAAUGAGAAUGUGUUACCAAUGACAACGGGGACCCGAGUGAGUACAUCAGAAGAAAGUGACGUGGUCAGUAAUUAUUUCAAGAGGAAGGGGAAGAAAUACGGACUGUUGUCGUUCUUUAAGUACGCACAGGAGGGAAUUCUACCCCAGAGGACAAGGAAACAGUAUUGAACGUGGCUUGUCCAGGACAGAAUUUUCAGAACUUUUAAAUUUGUGUUUUAAUAGACAACAGUUGUGUAUAACACAAUUAAUGGGAAAAGCUUAAGCUUGCUUGCGAGUAUGCAAUCACAACACCUGUGCUUAAGCGAUCAAAACUAAGUUAGUCUGAAACACCACAUGUACAGUAAAAACUUGUCUAAUCUGGAUGUUGUGUAUUCCUAUAAAUUGCCUGUGAAAACUUUUAGUCCCUUGCAGUAGAUUCAAUUGUUUAAAUAUUAAAAAUGUUGUCUAAUCCGGAUUGUUGCUGCAAAUUUCUUUGAACCAGUUGUGUCCUGCUUAGACAGGUUUACUGUAUUAUGAAAUCUUUUUUUUUUUAAUUUGCUUAAGUUUUACAUGCAUUAAGCGUAUUCAAAGUCUAUGGGGAGCAUGCAUUAGAAUUUCGUAAAAUGAAUUAACAACCAGGCAUUCUUCCACUUAAAAUUAUAUCUGAAAUACUGUGAAAUUUUAUUUUAUGGGGUUUUGUUUCCCGUCAACGAAUAUUAAAAUAUGUUGUCUUUAAUAAAAUGUCGUUCGAGCCAGUUGGCCCAUUGAUCAGAUGAGCCAGGUGGCCUUUUGAACCUUUGACCUUGGUGAUGUAGUAUGCUUGGCUGGAUGCAUGUCAAUGUAUGCCUCAGUAAAUUAUGUUGUGCAUGAUAAUGUGUUUUGUCUAUUUUUAUAGAUUCCGAAAUGCAAUAAAAAUUAUUGAAUUAAGUUUCUAUAUGGUCUUAUGAAUUGGUGAGAGAAAUGAAUAUUAUAGAAUUGCUGCAUUUUCCAUGCAUUUAAUUCAGAUGGGGCUUAGUCACUUUUACCUGGGAAAUGAACCUGCACCAGAAACAUCAGCUAGGGAUGCCAACAUAGCCUUUCUGACUUUGUCAAAAUAAAUUCGCAAAAUAUUCAAAUUCCACCCAGUAACCACAAGUAAUUGACUAGAAAAGCAAAAAUUAAAUUGUAUGCAAUUGUUGAAGGUUACAAAUAAAAAUUCAGUAAAACUC